ACUUUUUAAUUUACACCACAUCUUCCUGCUCAUAACUGUUUUCUUGUUUUCGCAAUGUACAGAAAAACAGGUUUCUGUCAUAUAGAAAGGUUGAUUUAUCUUAAUUUAUCACAGUUUAUCUACAGCUAGCUAGCAGCUACACAGUAUAUUUUCAAAAGGCCAUACCUGUGUUAUAGAUGCAGCUGUCAGAUGAAGAUGAUGCUUUCCAGUCCAACAUACCUGUCAGUCUGGAUAUUACAGUGGCUGUUGUCUACUUUGUUUUUGGAAUAUGUUCACUGUUUGGAAACACUACACUGCUUUAUGUGUCCUACAAGAAAAAGCAUCUCCUCAAACCUGCUGAGUACUUCAUCAUCAACUUGGCCAUUAGUGACUUGGGCCUUACUCUGUCUCUUUACCCUUUGGCAAUCACUUCAAGCAUUUACCACAGGUGGCUUUAUGGGAAAACAGCGUGCUCCAUAUACGCUUUUUGUGGAAUGCUAUUUGGCAUCUGCAGUCUGACCACACUAACCCUUCUGAGCAUGGUUUGCUUUCUCAAAGUGUGUUAUCCACUCUAUGGAAACAGGUUCAAUUCUGCUCACGGCCAUCUGCUGAUCGCCUGUGCUUGGAUCUACGCACUGUUAUUUGCCUGCUCCCCGCUGGCUCACUGGGGGGAAUAUGGACCAGAACCUUACGGCACAGCUUGUUGCAUUGACUGGCAUCUGUCCAAUGAGCACACAAUGGCACGUUCCUAUACUUUGGCUCUGUUCAUAUUCUGCUACAUCCUUCCCUGCUGUGUAAUUGUUGCCUCCUACACUGGCAUUCUGGUCACGGUACAAGCAUCUCGCAAGACCAUGGAGCAACACGCAUCCAGGCAGACGCAGAUGAGUGGCAUACAGACCAUAAUUGUUAAGCUAAGCGUUGCAGUCUGCAUUGGUUUCUUUACUGCGUGGAGUCCUUAUGCUGUGGUGUCAAUGUGGGCUACUUUUGGACACAUCAACAACAUCCCUCCAAUGGCAUUUGCCCUGCCGGCCAUGUUUGCCAAGUCCUCCACCAUCUACAACCCGAUCAUCUAUCUAAUGCUGAGGCCAAACAUCCGCAGGAUGAUGCGCAGGGACAUGUGUACUCUCUGCCAUAUCUGCGUGAGAAGCUGCUUCUGCCCACAGCGCCCGGGAAACUGCUGCUCAAAGCCAGAGAUCAGGGUCAGACUUCAUACCAUUCCCAGGCAAAACAACCAACUGCCUUCCAGCCACUCUGCACCUCAACUGUCUGUUGUUUCAUCAAAGAAUUACAGUGAUGAAAGGAAGAAUGCUUGUGAGUGCCUCACACACGACCCUCAAACAUGCAAUGUCCCUGAAGCAGCAGCAGCAGCAGCAGACAGAGAGUCAUGCAAAGAUCGAGUUACUGCAGUUCAGCAAACACAUAGUAAUCAAGAGUCCGUAAGUGUGGGCCACAGGAAGUCUCUGCUGGCCACCAUGUGUACAAAAAGAACCUCAGAAACAGAUAACCUCAACAUUAAUUUAGAGAUGGUCCCAGGUCAUGCAAAAGUGGCCUGGCCCUAAUAAACAAGCUUAAUGUAGAAUGUUUACUGAAUACCAUUGGAAAGUGUUUGGCAGGUUGUUUUUCCUGUUGAUGUUUGUGUUUAAUUUGAGGGAAUCUUUUUCAGGAAUUUACAAAAUUUCCUCAUAUGUUUAGGCCACAGCCAUGUGACUGCAUUGUUUGGUGAAUCAUGUCCAAGGUUAAGUAAAACAGCUUAAAUAUUUGGUUUCGUUUACGUCCUUGCUCCACUAACGUUUGGUAUAUUUUGGAUCCUAAAUGUCUAUUUAGAUGUAAAUUUAAUACCUUUGUUAAACCCUGGCCUGACUAAAUGUCACAACUAAAUUAUACUAUUAUGUUGGAUAUUGUUGUUUCAACAUUUGUCCACUUUUUUAAAAGGAAUAAUUACAGUAAAAUAUAUUGCAUAG